UAUCGAUGCCACAGGCCAAUGUUGAUGGGGACGGCUCAGUUAUUUCUGACUAAUGUGCAUAAAGAACAGAAUGUAUACUCUUUUAAUUUGUUCUUCUGAUGUCAUGGUUCCAUCUAGAUGGAAGACAAUCUGUAUGUGAAAUUGUUUACGCUCUGUAUAAUGUAUUACUUGCACUGUCUGAAAUCAUUUCCUGUAGUUUAUUAUCUAUCAUCUGUUCAUAUACAUUUGUACAUUGAUAUGUGCAGUCAUCAGCCGUAAUCUGUAUAAGGACUUGCGGCAAAAACGUCAAUGUAUUUCUCAUUCGCGAUGUAUUGUAUUUAUGGUGGCACAUUCAUGACAUGAGCCGUGCCAUGAGAAAACCAACAUAUUGGCUUUGCGACCAGCAUGGAUCCAGACCAGCCUGCGCAUCCGUGCAGUCUGGUCAGGAUCCAUGCUGUACGCUAACGGUUUCUCUAAUUGCAGUAGGCUUCGAAAGCGAACAGCAUGGAUCCUGACCAGACUGCGCGGAUGCGCAGGCUGGUCUGGAUCCAUGUUGGUCGCAAAGCCACUAUGUUGGUUUUCCCGUGGCACGGCUCAUAUUAGUAACAAUGCAAGGAAAUGUAACUUUUCUACAUUAUUUCAAAAGCAUUGCAACAGUUUAAGAUUUGUGAGAAUAACUUGCAAAAAACAUGCCAAGAAGUUUCUAUCUUAGUCACUUUCAGAGUACUCACUUUUUAUGGAUUUUUUGUGAGAAAAACAUUUUCGCCUAAAAUUCUUGUUGCGAGUUAUCUGACAUGCAAAAAGGUCCAGACCAUUCCUCCUUUUAGAUAAUAACAUGAAUCUUAAGUUUCACAUCAGUGGUUAACGCCAAGUAACCCAAAAAGGUCUGUCACAAUGGUUACCUGUUACGAGUCCGGGGUGCAAGAUGAUGGCAAAAACGCUUGAAAAUCAUGCCUGUUUUGCAAGAAUGAACUUUCACAGUCCGUUCAUAGUAAGCGUAUUGAAGUAUCUAUGAAACAGAAAUGAAAAAUUUUAAAUUAGAGAAAAACUAACUAGAAAAGCAAGAAGAUUACGUUCUCUCGCGGCAUUUCAUAUAUAACAUCUAAACAAAUGGAAAACUGAAGUCUGUUACGUAGUUUAUUUAACGUUUAAUGUGUUUUUAAAGACUCUUAAUCAUUUAGAACAAAGUUAUCGGGUGUCGUAUGUACAUAAUAUAAAUUCAUAAUAAAUAUUUUGGUAAUGAUUUUUGAUAACAGCCCUGUUAGCGCGAAAGAUUAUGCAUACUGUGAAUCGAGUGGUCGCGAGUUCGAUCUCCGGGUGCGGCCUGUAUGACAGUUUCAUUGCAGAAAGCCUUGCAUCUCAACUGUCUAUAUUCUUAAAUUAAUCCGUAAAAAAUCAACGGUAACUAAAACAGAAUGGCGUAAGCAAACUGGUGUAUUUCCCCAGACAGUCGUAACUUAAUCAGAUAUGUGUAUGAUAUAAAAACAAAUAAUGCAAUAUUUGAUUAAUCUCGCGUUAUAAGCAAAAACAGAUUUGAUAUUUAAUAAAGUCUGAUACGGCACAAUACCGUUAUUGAUAACCUUUAUGUUAUACAACAGAACUAUAUACAUGCACGGGUAAUCGUGUUUACAUAAAUAGCAGAUCAUUGACGUGCAGUAGAUCAGGUGGUAUCUACCGGCAGUCUGACGGAACAAGAUUAAUGGUCCUUGACUGGUGAUCGUGACAAUGACGCAUUUACAUAUCAAUAAAAAUAAUAGGGUCGCUUUACACAUAUGCGGAGUCUGUUGAUAGAAUCACUGAGCGCAUCUUUUUAGUAGGGAAAAUAUUAACCAUUGGGGCUGUACAAAUUUUUAAAUACUCUAUGUGUUUUAUAUCAAGAUGCUAACUGUACUUUGGAGCUUAAAGGGAGGCGAUGUCUUAUAUUUUGUUGUACUUACUGUAUUGAUAGGAUCAGAAGAGUGUUGUCCCCUACGUCUACGUUAACUGGAUAGUUUAAAACAUUUAACGAUUAUAUUAAAGCAGACACGGUAAAACUAUAAAGAAUUCUAACACGCAUUAAUUUGAUUGCUAGUUAAACAAAGAAGAUAGUUAAUCUGUAUAUUUCUUCCAUAAAACUACGUUUUUUUCACUGGAUCCGCCCAUGUAUUAACGAGGGAGAAAAUCGUGUUCAAACAAGCCAGUUCGCGGGCUGUCAAUACACGAUUUUUUUAUUUUUGAAAUGCUUUUCCAGAGAGGACCAUUAUCCUUGAGCAGACGGAAAUCUGGUAUCUGUGUAUUGUUUCUUCCAUAACAACCUGUUUUUGUAGCAUAAAAGAUACAGUCUAGUCCAUCGUAAGUUUCGCUGUAUCAGUUACCAACCCAAAACGCACUGCCUCCAACAAUGUAUUUACUGAAUUUUACUUCUUUACUCUUUUUUUUUUUUUUUUUUUUGUCGAUAACCGUGAAUGUAUUGAAUUACGUGUAAUGAGUGCGACUGUUUGUAUUUUAGGAAUCAUAUUAAUGAUUUUGAGAAGUAUCAGUCGGUAUGUUUUUCUAUCUAAUUUCUCGCAAAAUUCGUAGGAAUAAUGUCAGUAUUUUGGUCGAAAAUGUAUUCCCGUUUACUACAUUUUUGUCAGUAUGCAAAAUCAUUGGUAAUGUAAUGAUUGUAAUAACGAGGAAUAAAAAAAAAACGUUUAAAAACCUUCAGUACAUGCUUUGGUAGUGUUGUUGGUUAUGAAUAUUUAAAACAUGUUAAGCGUUUUCAAGAACAAUUGAAUGGGAAUUUAAAAAAAUGUACCGGAAUUGUAAAGUCAUCACAUAUGAAAACUAUAUCAUCGGUCUCGGUCUCGGUCACAAUCAUUCCCGCUGGCUAAAGCAGACGUUAAUACACAAACAAAACGUGUAUUUUCAACAACAAAACGGUUGACGUGCGAACCGGUAAGAGAGCUGUCAAUCAUGACGUCAAAUUGCUGCUUUACGUCCUGUUCAUCGCUACUUGGAUAAAUGAAGCACUAGAAUUUCUAUUAUUUGUACCGUGCAACGAUGCCUGGACAGGAUACCUGAACAAUAUUUACAGGUUAUUAGCUUUGUAUCGGGAAAUAUGCAAAAGUUCUGAAGCGGAACUAUUGCUCGCCUUUAGGAGCGCAAUAUUCUUCCGCAAAAGAACGAGGUCAAUAUUUACAGGUUGUUAGCAUGCACGAGUUAUGAUGCGGAAAUAUUGCGCGACGUUAGGACUGCAAUAUUCUUCCGCUAAAGAACGAGAUCAAUAUUUACAGGUUGUUAGCAUGCACGAGUUAUGCAGCGGAAAUAUUGCGCGACGUUAUGACUGCAAUAUUCUUCGCUAAAGAACGAGUGCAUGUUAAAAACUAAAAUAAUUAAUGCAACUACGUAUACCCACAUUAACUUUCGUCACGCACCCAAUAUGAUAUUCAGGCGUCAGUGUAUUGAAAUAUUGACGUUUCCGGUACCAUUGUAACUUAACGUGGAAUUGAAAUGAGUAUGUAAUAAAUAAUUACAAUGCAUUUUUAUUCGCGACGAUAAAGCUGUAUGAUCUACUAUAUGUGUUCACAAUUUUAAUGACUGUCCAUGGCCUUUCACGUCACGUAAACAUUCAGAAGGUAGCAAUGUUUCACUGGGUACAAGUUGUUGCAAACAUCACGUCAUCAACUCACGGAAUGUGUACAUUUUGACGUGACGUUAGAACGUUAACCAUUCCAACAGUCACUAUAAGAUAACGAUUAUGUCGUUUCAGAGAGCUAUAACUGCCAAAGUAUGCAGACGUUGGAUCCAUCUAAACAGUUUUGAUGAAGAGAAUAUAAAUCUGUAAAUAUAAAGUACUCGCGGUUUAGUAAUUUGCAUUUGGGUAUGAAAAACAAGGUGCUGUUUAAAGUGAGCGUGAAGAUAUUCGUCCACCAUAUUCAAAAGACGCCCGUAUAUUCCAUACCCGAAUGUAAACUAUUACCCUGUGAUCUACUUCUUGCUGAAAAUGAAUGUAAUGUGUACAAAAAACAUUAACUACAUUGCUUUAUAUUCUAAAAUGAUUGCAUUAGUCUUAGAUGAAGAUAACUAUUUCGUCCAUACACACGCUUUUAGUUCGUUUCUUGAACAGUAUAUUUCAGAGAUCACAGCGCCAAGUUUGUCACAUGACGUUAUAUAAGGCACGGGUAUUUUACAGGAAGAGAGCAUUGUGAAUGGGCAGUAGCUGCUCCAACAUCAACCGUUAGUUGACGAUUUAUUUCUUAAGGAAAACUAUAAUUUAAAAGGCUUGUCAUAUUGGAUAAAUUAAAAGAAUGUUAAGAAAAAACUGAAAUAUUACUGGCUGUUAAGUAAUUUCCAUAUUAGCAUGAAAUACAUGGGCGUGCUUGACUGAGUACGCGAUUAGCUCUAAACUGUAAAUUCGAAAAUUCGACAAAUUUGCGUUGAUAAUCAUAAAAAAAAAUCAGUUUUGAGAAAUAUCAGGGAAAUGUGUAGCGGAUGUAUUGCAAAUACUGAGCAGUUCAUCGUGUGACAUUUUCAGUCUGCUGAUUCCGUUGCUUUUAUGAUAAAACAAGAGCUGUCUGUUGACUAUCGACUAUUUAAAGUAUUGGUGGAAGUAUGGGGUCAACACAUUACCAGAGAUUUUCAGGCAAAAGAAGAAAAAUAGAUACGACAAACAAUGUGCCUAUAUUUGUGGAUUUGGAUAAUAAGUCUUGAACUGUAUGCCAAUGUUUGACCAUGAUGGUAAGCAAGUGUUCAAAGUUUCAAAGCCAUAUAUUAAACAGUUUAGACAAUGUAUGACAUGGUAUGCGAAACUUAACUAAUUUCUAUGUCAACUUGAAAAGGGCCAUAACUGAGCUACAGUCCUUGUCCUAGUUUUGUCUUGCCUACGUAUAUAAACUAUGAUGGUAAACAAGUGGUCAAAGUUUCAAAGCCAUAUGACAAGCAGGUUUGGCAAAAUAUGGACUGGUAUGAAAAAUUUAACUGAUUUCCAAGUCCAACUGAAAGUGCCAUAAUUCAGCCAAAAUAGUUGACAGAAUUAUGUACUCUUGCCUAAAGAUGGAAAUCAUAAUGAUAAGCAAGUGUUAAAAGUUUCAAAGCCACGUAUCAAAUAGUUUUGACAAAACAUGUACUUGUACGAAAACUGAACGAAUUUUCAAGUCCAAAAAGAGCCAUAAUUCAGCCAAAAUAGUUGACAGAGUUAUGUACUCUUGCCUACAGAUAGAGACUUAUAUAAUAUACAAGUGUUCUAAGUUUCAAAGUCACAAGCCGAACAGUUGUUACAAAUCAUGGACUUGUACGAAAUCUGAACCAAUUUCCAAGUUCAAAUAGGGCCACAAUUCAGCCAAAAUACUAAACAGAGUUACGUACUCUUGCCUACAGGUAGAGACUGUUAUAAUAAACAGGUUUGCCAAGUUUGAAGUAAAUAUCUUUGAUGGUAUACAAGAUAUUACCAUUUCAUAAAAACUUUAACCAACGUCGGCGCCGGAGUGAGUAGAAUAACUCUUAGUCGAGCUAACGAGUAAAACUCCGGUUUUAGGACACUAAAUUUUGAGGCAUUUCCAUUUCGUCUGACUUCCGUUACCUCAGGUGAGAUUUUUAACCCGACCGUCUACACGGAGCUAGCAAAAUCGAUUCAAGCAUUUAUUCUUUGUUGCGGGAGAUAAAGAUAUGUGUUCAAACAUUGUCAAAAGUUAAUUAUAAAACAAGCACUUUCGGCUUUUUCAAGGGUAGCAUAAAUCAAAACAGUAAUGGCGUAUUUCCGUCUAUAUAGUUCAAUGUAUAAGUGCUAACAAGUUCCAAAUAAGUGCAGGUCAGUUAGUAGUGUAUAACGUUUGAUCUAGCUAUGUGUAGCUGAAUCAUAUUCAAAUCUGUAGUUUUAUUUGAUAUAUACUAUUGCCAGAUAUAAACUCACGUUAUCAUUUAUUUAAGAAAUAUUGUGAUUUAGGAGUAUGGCCACGAAAUACAUUAACCCGUUCAAGUGGCAGGGGUCAGUUUCGUAUUGUGGCCCGGGUACGUUUUUUGAGGGAUUCGUGCGGAGAAGUAAUUGUUGUGUAAAAUCAACAGUAGCGGUUUAGGGAUACAUUUAAACAUGCUAAUAUUUAAUUAACAUAAUGAUACAAUGUACAUAAAAGGACGUAGCCGUGAUAAGCAUGCUAACAAGUUGCCAUGGAAAUUGAAAGAAAGUAUACAUCAAGGGCAUGCUCGGAUAUCAUUAUUUUACAUCAGUAGAAAGGACAUUAUGGACGGCUGCAGCAUGACUCGGAGAAAAUCGUAUGAUACAAGUGAAAAAGACGACAGCAGAAUGGUGAAGGGCUUUCCAAGAAGAAGUUCUCUUACUGCUGCAAAACCAAGCCUUCUCACACGCCGUCGUUCGGAAGUCACUUUGCGCGAAAUACAAGAAGGAAAGAAGACUGAAGAGAGAAAAAAGUCCGUGCUUUUUCGGCAAUAUUCAACAAUAUCUGCCCCGAAAAUCAUCUCGGAAAGGCAGGUUAUCGAGAAAGCCGUUUCGAAAAUAGAUGCCACUAAGGAAGAUGACGACUUGGAAUUACCCAGAAUUCCCUCUGUGACUCCGGAACCGUUAGAAAUCAGACUGGCCAGUCAAUGCAGAGAUAGAGAAGCGUUCAAUGAGAAGCUGAAAAAUGGUUCAUACCGACCAAAACGUUGCUGGUGUUUCAGAUGCCAGCUGAUGUACUCCAUGUUCAAAGCCGGGGACGAUAGACUUGAGAUGUGGGGAAAUUACCCCUGCUUGAAGCGUUGAGGUAAAAGUGUGGUGUCACAAAGAAGACUUUUAAUUACAUGACUUUAAAUAUUUUCAUUUAUAUAAAAACUCAAACUGAUACAACUUGACAGAAUUUAAAAUAUCUAUUGCAUUAAAAGGAAGUGUGGCGCCGUUAAAUGUCGCAACGCCGUUAAAUGUCGCAACCACCGUUUAACGUGGCAAGGUUGACGUUAAAUGUCGCAACCACCGGUAAAUGUCGCAAAAUCAUCUGCAGCUAUAUCACGACGUGCGAUACGACAUACGACGAUACGAUACGACACACAUCACGACGCACGACAAUGCGACACGACGCAUGAUAUUGAUGUCGUAUUGUCGCAUGUCGUAUCGUUUCACGGCUACUAAACGCUAGCGCCACCACCAAAUUGUGGUGA